AAUACGAAAAUAACAAUAUAGCUCUGUGUCACUCAUUUCGUCACGUGACAAAAGCUGCAGCCAUGAUGGACGGAAUCGAUGACAGUCCUGACCUCUUGGCAGAGGAUCAUGGAAACAAGGGUCGAUCUGAUACUGUGGACUUGACAGACACCUCGCUUGUUGUUGAUAUUUCGGAUGCUCUGAGUGAGAGAGACAAAGUCAAGUUUACUGUUCACACAAAGACGACUUUGCAACAGUUCAGAAACCCUGAGUUUUCAGUUGUUCGUCAGCAUGAAGAAUUCAUUUGGCUUCAUGACAGAUAUGGCGAGAAUGAAGAAUAUGCUGGCAUCAUUAUCCCGCCAGCGCCACCCAAGCCUGACUUUGAUGCCUCACGAGAGAAGCUGCAGAGGUUGGGAGAGGGGGAGGGGACAAUGACGAGGGAGGAGUUCACCAAAAUGAAACAAGAACUAGAAGCAGAGUACCUGGCUACAUUCAAGAAGACCGUGGCCAUGCAUGAAGUGUUCCUGCAGAGGUUGGCAGCCCACCCGGCUCUCCGGAAUGAUGUCAACUUUGAGGUUUUCCUAGAGUUUGAUGGGGAUCUCAGUGUACGGGGAAAGAACAAAAGAGAGAAAUUAGGAGGAUUUUUCAAAACUAUAACAAAGUCGGCGGACGAGGUGCUGCUGUCAUCCCAAAAGGAUGUGGAUGACUUUUUUGAAGCAGAAAAAGUAUUUUUGGUGGACUACCACGUCAAGAUCAAAGACAGCACUGGCAAGUCAGAUAGAAUGACAAGAACACAUAAAAAUGUUGCUGACACAUAUAUUCAAAUAUCAUCUGGAUUAGUGCAGCUAGCGACUAUUGAAAAUACUGAACUUAAUAAAAUUUUCACAAAAGUAGCUGAAGCCUUGGAGAAAGCAAGGAAACUAGAGGGUCGAGUGGCAUCAGAUGAAGAUCUCAAGUUGAGUGAUACACUGCGAUAUUACAUGAGAGAUUCCUCAGCAGCCAAAGACCUCUUGUACCGCCGCACACGCUCCCUUGCAGACUAUGAAGCUGCCAACAAAGCUCUUGAGAAGGCCAGAACCAAGAACAAAGAAGUUCAACAGGCAGAGAAAACACAGGAGACAUGUUGCAAGAAGUUUGAGAAAAUAUCUGAGAUGGCUAAGAAAGAAUUAACAGAGUUUAAGACACGGAGAAUAGCAUACUUUAGGAAAAACUUGGUGGACCUAGCAGAGUUGGAGAUGAAACAUGCGAAGGCUCAAGUACAGCUACUGAAGAACUGUAUCACAGCACUGAAAGAAGAAGCCCUGUGUUGACCUCCCUCAGUCAUGGAGUCAACCUCCUUGUAGCUCCGGGAUACCCUGGAGGAAGUGCUCAUCUUGUGAACUCGAUAAUGAAGUCAGCAGCACUGCAUGUUGCUGACUGUCCCUGUAUAUAUUGUACAUAGCCAUCUGAAUAGUAACAGCAAGUGCUGCUUCUGUCGACGAUCGAUCCUUUCUACUGUAUCUGACAAAAUAGCCUUACAACAAGGAGGUCCUCACACAUGUAAUGCCAUCAAACUGCAGGUUCUGAUGGCCAGAUGUUAGCAGAGUUUUAUCAGGCCAAAACAUACAUCUGGCUACAAGGCUUUCUCAGCUGGAUUUUUAUGAGUCCUAAUGAGUGGAGGGUUAAUAUGAAACUGUUUUAUUUGUUUGAAUACAGUAAAUAUAACACUUUAUUCCAUUUAAUACUGUUAAUAUUAUGCACAAUGCCUGGUAAAGCUGGGUAAACAGUGAUCAUGAUCCAUAGUUAAUACAGUAAAUAUGGUCCUUAUUUCCUAUUCAUACAGUAAAUAAAAUCUGUGUUGCCUAUUGAGACACGAGUCCCUUGCAUACAGCUUGAACUGUGAAUAUGGCCUCUCUGGCUGUGGAUGUUUCUGUCUACUCAUAACAUGUUAAUGUCACAACCCACAGGGACACCAUGAUAAGAACCAGAGUUUAUGGGUAGCCUCUCUCUUGAUUGAUUGUGUCAUGAAGUAGAUAACUGACAGCAGAAAGUUAUUGUAUAUAAAUAUAUAUAUACUUACUCACAGCAAGUGGUCUGAAUGUUUCUAGCUACAUUUAUGGGAAGCUGCCAGCAGCUCAUGUUCCUUUGUAUUGUGUAUAUUAUGAAAUGUUUGAUAAUGAUGUCAAAAUUGUACAGAUGUCAGCUUGACACUGGUAGUAAUUUUUAAUGACAGUUGUUCAUCGUAUUUUGUAUGGAAUUGUUAUAAAAUAUCUUGUGUAUGAGUGGAAUGAACAUAUUUCCAUAAAAAUGAUCAACUUCUGACACAUUUUCUCUUUGAUGUGAACUGAGGGAAACCAGAGAGCUUCAUCAAUGCUUGGCUUGGCAUUCACCAAGAACUGGGGGAGUGACCAUUCAGAAAGCCUAAAGUUACUUAGACUUAGACCAUCUCACUAUUCCCAUACACAGAUGUCGUCUCACACGAGUUAGAUGAAGGCAUGUGAGAACUGACUGAGUGUUGGUUUGAAUCACUGAUUUGUCCUGGUCAUACUCACUAUAUACCACACACGUGGGUUAUGAAACCCAUUCUUUGCAUGAAGCGUUAGAGACCAGCUGGUAGUCUUGCAUGUGUUGAACCUGUAAGUUUCCAACUCACUACAUAAGAACCUUCACUUAAUUUAUGGUCCUGUUAACUGAUAUUAAUUUGAUGUCAUUUUGUGAUGAAAGUCAUGUUUAUAAUGUGUGUAUUUCGCUAUGCAGUCGCUGCAAGGAUAGACGCUGCAGUGAAGGCACUCAUACUUACACAUGACAGACACUGCUACUGCUGCUGAACAUCACCCAUGUCAUGCAUACACUCAGCUUAACAAUACAGAUGGGUCACGUCCAGGUAGCACAAGCCCAGGCUCAUCUUCAUCAGUAUCAGGGUGUUGAACUUCAGUCCACAACAAGUAAUCAGCUUUUGGAUAUGGUGGAAAGCUUGAGAAAGCUGCUUCCGAUGCCCAGCCCUGAUUGUAGGCACAAGAUGACUUUCAUGCUGUUCUCUAGGUACUGAAUGAUUUAUAUAAUUUGGUGUGGGUCUAUUUUCCACAACAGUAUUUGUAGAUGACUCUUGUAUGCAAGAUGUUGCCAGGUCCAGGAUUAUGCAUGAAUGUUUUGCAAGUGAGAACACUGAAUAUUAUAUGCAUAUAUACGUAAGUGUGAGCAUUCUUUCUCAGACAUGUUUGUUUCUUGUUUCACCAUACUGCAGCAGGUAUAGUUACGUUCCCCUCGGAUUAUGGAGCUCAAGAUUAACCUGAAACUGUCUCUUGGUUGUUCCAUUAUUCUUGGUAAGAGAUUACAACAUGUAUUAUUUCAUUUAUUGAAUUAUUGCAAGAUGAAUUGGUCUGUUUGGUGGCCAUUAUAAUGAGUGGCACUGAGUAUAACAUGUUAUUUUACCGUAUCAGUAAUUUUCCACGUACUUGCAUUCAUGGGGAAAUGGAGUCAUUAAGUUGUUGCUACAUUUAACAAUGCUUCAAGAUGUCUUCAUAUGGACUCUGUCUCUCAGAAAUGUCUUGUAGAGUAAGAGGUGGUUUUAUCACUAACCUAAAAAGUCCAGGAUGUAGAGAAGCCAAUCAUUCAAUGCAUGUCCUUUGAGAAACUAUCUGGCUGGUGCCUGAGUUGGUCAGGACAAAACGUGAUGAAUCUGAUCGACACGCAUCGUUCAGCAGUAAUACUGAACUAUGUAUCUUGUCAGCAGAGAGAAUCGGGUUUAGAAUCGGUGCCCAGGUAACCUAUUUUGGUCUUUAAGAAGCAAGCAAACGAUCCCAGUGGUAAAGCUUGUUGACAAAGUUUGCAUGUUGUCGUACACCAGUGAUGAGAAUAGUUGCUCAAAAUUUUAAUCCCUGAAUUGUCUGGUCCAGAUUGUUUUCAUGUGACCGUCAUCUAACUGGAAUAUUGCUGAGUGUGGCAUCAAAUCACAAACAAACAUUGUGGGGAGGGGGGAAGGGAGGGAGAAAAUACUGUUUUGUAUAUAUGUGACCAUCAGCUGUGAUUGACAAGAAGAUUAUAUUUAUAUGGGGGAUCAUGUGAACUAGAAUACAUGCAGACUAUCUGAGUUGUUCGGAGAAGACACUGUAGCGCCAACUAUAUCUGCUUUCUAUCUCGUCAUGUCAAGACACUUCUAUAACUUGACUGUGUUGUGACGUUUCAGACUUCGGGAACAAAUGAAUUCAAGUCAUGAAUGUCAGGUACUCUUUACAUCACAAAUUAUGUCAUUAUUGUAACAUAAAGUAUUUAUAUACUGAAGGCAAUAAAUGAUGGUCAUGAUGUGUA